UGCGGCAGGAAGGGGGCGGCGCGGCGCGGGGCGGCGGUUCCGGGCACGUCGGCGGGCGCCGCUCGCUCCUCGUGCUGCGUCCCCAUGGCCGCGCCGCGGGACCCGCUGCCCCCGGCAGAUCACGGAGCAAAAGAGCCAGUAGAGGAUACAGAUCCAAGCACUCUUUCCUUAACAAUGACUGAAAAAUAUCCCGUCCAAGACACAGGAGUACCUAAAGAUGAGGAAUACCUAACAGAUCAAGUAACAUUGGAAAUUGCAUCUGUGAACAUCCGGAGUCUUACGUCAGAUACUGGCCUAGUCCAACAGAAAACUUGGAGAAGAGAAAUGAAUGAGCAAUGUCCAGCGAGAAGAAGAAUUAAAAGGAGUUCCUUAUGCCAGAGUCCCAGCUGACUUUCAUCAAACAAACAUGGGUUUGGUAUGCAUUUCACAGAUGAUGGAGCCAGAAAACAAAGACUCGCAAAACCAUACUGAUGAAUCACUUUCAG